CGUGUUGCUAUCUUCCACCGGCAGGUGAAGGCCGACGGUGAUCUUUCCUUUCAUCCCCCAAGAUGGCAGCGAGGGAGUGGGUCCGGUGGGAGGAGGAGAUCAUGCUGGAGGACGAUGACGACCACCACACGGAGUGCUUCUACCUCCGCCGCGCCCCACCCCAGGGCGGCGGUGUGAGCGAGAGGGAUCUGGCGGUGGUGGGUAAGUAUUGUCCGGACCCAGCCCCCGGGAACAUGGUGUACUCGGCGGACCCGCAGUUCCUGCGGUUCCUCCAGGAGGGAAUUACCUGUGACUCAGUGUUGGCUAUGGGGGUGACGGUGCGGGUGGAGAUCACCCAACUCAGCUGGAAGUCCAGGAAGGAGGUCAUCGACUGGCUCAACUCGCUCGUCUCAGAAAGCAGCGGCCAGGCAUCCAAUAGAGGCGCUGCUAACCCGGUGAAUUCAGUGCCUGUGCAAGAGAUCUUCAAAACCAACGAACAGGCCCCUGUCCCUGCUAUCGACGAACAGCAAGUGAUCGACCUGACCAUGUGUGACGACUAAAGUCAGUAGCAGAGGAUAUGAAGUCUGGCAUUUACUUUCGAUCAUGAACUGUCAUUUCUCAAAGAUUUCGCGCAUUCGCUUCUUGACGCGUGCUCUUUCAGAUCCAUUCUCGACAGAGAUCAGUUGUUUGUACUUCCUUAAUUUCAAAUAAAGUGAGACAUUAUA